CGUGAUUCCGGCCUGCGUGUCUGUUCUAAGGAGCAGUGGGUGGUUUUCUCCGUCCAACUUCACUUACACCGAAGUGCUCGCCUCCGCCUCAUGGAAGACUCAAUGGACAUGGACAUGAGCCCUCUUAGGCCUCAGAACUACCUUUUCGGUUGUGAACUAAAGGCUGACAAAGAUUAUCACUUUAAAGUGGAUAAUGAUGAAAAUGAGCACCAGUUAUCAUUAAGAACGGUCAGUUUAGGGGCAGGGGCAAAAGACGGAUUACACAUCGUAGAGGCAGAAGCAAUGAACUAUGAAGGCAGUCCAAUUAAAGUAACACUGGCAACAUUGAAAAUGUCUGUACAACCAACGGUUUCUCUCGGGGGCUUUGAAAUUACACCACCUGUGGUCUUAAGGUUGAAGUGUGGUUCAGGACCUGUGAACAUUAGUGGACAGCACCUAGUAGCUGUAGAGGAAGAUGCAGAGUCUGAGGAUGAAGAUGAGGAAGAUGUAAAACUCUUAAGUAUGUCUGGAAAAUGAACUGCCCCUGGAGGUGGUAACAAGGUCCCCCAGAAAAAAGUCAAACUUGAUGACGAUGCUGAGGAUGAUGAUGAUGAUGAUGAUUUUGAUGAGGAAACUGAAGAAAAAGUUCCAGUGAAGAAAUCUAUACAAGAUAUGCCAGCAAAAAAUGCACAGAAAUCAAACCAAAAUGGAAAAGACUUAAAACCAUCAACACCAAGAUCAAAGGAUCAAGAGUCCUUCAAAAAACAGGAAAAAAAAACUCCUAAAACACCAAAAGGACCCAGCUCGGUAGAAGACAUUAAGGCAAAAAUGCAAGCAAGCAUAGAAAAAGGUGCCUCUCUUCCCAAAGUGGAAGCCAAGUUCAUUAAUUAUGUGAAGAAUUGCUUCCGGAUGACCGACCAAGAGGCCAUUCAAGAUCUCUGGCAGUGGAGGAAGUCUCUUUAAGAAAAUGGUUUAAACAGUUUGAAAUAUUCCGGUUUCGUUUCUGUUAACAGUUAAUAUCUGGCUGUCCUUUUUAUAAUGCAAAGUGAGAACUUUUCCUACUGUGU